CACAUUGGAAAUGCUGGGAUUGUCGAAUUUAAUUGAACCACCAACUUCUGAAUUUUCACACGAGGGACACGAUUUGGACGAGGACGUAAUUUUCGAUGGCGACAAUGAGAGUGAGGAUGAUGAAUGGCUAGUCAAAUCUCUUGAGAGGGCUGAUAAAAGUGACCCUAAUUAUUCAAUUAGUCAAGAGAUGGAUGAAGGAGAAGACGAAGAACAAGAACAAGAACGUAUUGAACAUCGAAACAUGGAGCCAUGCAAGCAAAAAACUUACUUGGUGUACAAAACAUGUAUCAAAGAGCUGAUUAAGUAUUGCAUAAAGUGUGGUUCCAUCAUAGACAGUAAAAGCAUCGGCGAAGUUAAGAAUACUGGCAGUCAGCUAACGUACAAGAUACAGUGUGUAAAAGGUUGUAACUACAACUGGUCUGGUCAACCGAAACUAAAUUGCACCAAAGGAGCUGGUAAUUUACACUUAACCGCUGCUAUUGAACUAGCUGGAAUAACAUUUAACAAAAUGUUAAAAUUUGCAAACAUAUUAAACUUGCAAUUCAUUUCCAAAACCAUGUACUACGAGCAUCGUGGCAACUUUGUUUACCCAGAGGUAGAUCAUGCUUGGCGAAAAGAAAAACAGAUACUGUCACGUGAAAUUUCAAAUGAAAAUCGGCAGCUAGAACUUGCCGUUGACGGUCAAUGUGAUACACCUGUCACAACGCCACCUACGGUACCGUAUCGGCGAUAUAGCGCGACUAACGCUGUCCAUAACACAUCUUUCAACAACACGAUGUAGUUAAAAUGUGGAUGCUGUGUGAUGCAUUCCUGAUUUUAAAAUAAUUAUCAUGAAGUUAGAAAAAAGUCUGGAAAUAUAAACUCCCCUUAUUAUUUUUGGAAAUAUAUAAAAAUAAAUCGCUACCAUUAAGAUUGAAGUAUUUUAUGGCAUCGAUUUCAACACAGCAAACACACUCUUUCUCUGUCGGCAUCCUCUCACAUUUACCACAACGACACCAAUCAGUAACAGGCUUACACAAUCUAGGAUUUUGCUGAGGAUCGAAGUCUGCCUGAUCAUCAAAAGCAUCAUUAAAAACCCGCCUAGGCUGUGAAGCUAUUUCGGAAUCUGAUCUUUCUGGUUCAUACUGAAAUCCUAAUACCGUGAAAUUUUUGUUCGACGAAGACAUAUUAAUAAUCGUAUUUCAUAAUUUGUAGAGAAGAGUUUAAAAUUAAAAGUUUUUUUAAAUAAGUUUCUAAACAGUUAACUUCUAGGGGGGUUCAUAUUUUGUACUGAAAACGCUACACACUUUCGCUACAUAGUCUGUUUUUCACCACUGUUCUACGUCACAUGCAUAAUUACGCAUAUUAAAUUUUUAACCCAGGCCGUUUUGCGCGCAUUUGCAGCAACGAGACGAAGCCAUGCUUUAACAACAUCUACGAUAAAAAGGUUUGUUUAUAUAUGUGAUUAAGUGAAUAAUAUCAAAAAAGAAAGGUAUUUUCUAUGUCAUAAUUUUAAAUUACAAAUAAUAUUUUAAAAUAAUUUUUCACCGGACA